CCACCUGGUGGCCCCGGCCCUGGCCGCGGCCCCCGCGGCCGUUCCCCGAGCUCGUCCCGGACGCGCGCCCGGGCGCCGGGGGCUCGGCGGCCACCGCUGCCUCGGGGGAGCGAGGGCGGGAGGGCGUGUGUGCGCGCGUGUGAGCAGGGGGUGCCGGCGGGGCUGCAGCGGAGGCACUUUGGAAGAAUGACUCUGGAGUCCAUCAUGGCGUGCUGCCUGAGCGAGGAGGCCAAGGAAGCCCGGCGGAUCAACGACGAGAUCGAGCGGCAGCUCCGCAGGGACAAGCGGGACGCCCGCCGGGAGCUCAAGCUGCUGCUGCUUGGGACGGGAGAGAGUGGCAAGAGUACGUUUAUCAAGCAGAUGAGAAUCAUCCACGGGUCGGGCUACUCUGACGAAGACAAAAGGGGCUUCACCAAGCUGGUGUAUCAGAACAUCUUCACGGCCAUGCAGGCUAUGAUCAGAGCCAUGGACACGCUCAAGAUCCCCUACAAGUACGAGCAUAAUAAGGCUCAUGCACAAUUAGUUCGAGAAGUCGACGUGGAGAAGGUGUCUGCUUUUGAGAAUCCAUACGUAGAUGCAAUAAAGAGUUUAUGGAAUGAUCCUGGAAUCCAGGAAUGCUAUGAUAGACGACGAGAGUAUCAGUUGUCUGACUCUACCAAAUACUAUCUUAAUGACUUGGACCGCGUUGCUGACCCUGCCUACCUGCCUACGCAACAAGAUGUGCUUAGAGUUCGAGUCCCCACCACAGGGAUCAUCGAAUACCCCUUUGACUUACAAAGUGUCAUUUUCAGAAUGGUCGAUGUGGGGGGCCAAAGGUCAGAGAGAAGAAAAUGGAUACACUGCUUUGAAAAUGUCACCUCUAUCAUGUUUCUAGUAGCGCUUAGUGAAUAUGAUCAAGUUCUCGUGGAGUCGGACAAUGAGAACCGGAUGGAGGAAAGCAAAGCACUCUUUAGAACAAUUAUCACAUAUCCCUGGUUCCAGAACUCCUCGGUUAUCUUAUUCUUAAACAAGAAAGAUCUUCUAGAGGAGAAAAUUAUGUAUUCCCACCUAGUUGACUACUUCCCAGAGUAUGAUGGACCCCAGAGAGAUGCCCAGGCAGCUCGAGAAUUCAUCCUGAAGAUGUUCGUGGACCUGAACCCAGACAGUGACAAAAUUAUCUACUCCCACUUCACAUGCGCCACAGACACCGAGAAUAUCCGCUUUGUCUUUGCUGCCGUCAAGGACACCAUCCUCCAGUUGAACCUGAAGGAGUACAAUCUGGUCUAAUUGUGCCUCCUCGACACCGCCAUUCCCUUCCCUGGUGGGCUAUUGAAGCUGUACAAGAGGGACUGUAUUUCUGGGGAAAACAAUUUGCAUAAUACUAAUUUAUUGCCAUCCCGGACUCUGUGUGAACGUGUCCACAGAGUAUGUAGUAAAUAUUAUGAUUUUAUUUAAACUAUUCAGAGGAAAAACAGGAUGCUGAAGUACAGUCCCAGCACAUUUCCUCUCUUUUUUUUUUUUAAGGCAAAACCUUGUGACUCAAUGUAUUUUCAAUCCUCAGUCAUGCACUCACCAAGAUAAGAGUUGUUUCUUUCUCUCUUUUUCUUUUCUAUUGAGCAAAACAAAGCUGAUUGCCCUUUUCCUAACCCAUACCCGCCCCCCUCCUGAUUUUUGGUUACAAUGGCCUUUAGUCUCAUUCCAUUCUUGGUCCAGUUUUUCUCCCAAAUGAUACAGCCAGGACAGCAUCAUUUGAUUUAAGCCAUCAACAUCAGCUUAAUUUCAACAUUUGUCAUUUUGCUGAACGAUUCUAAGUAUUAAUACUGUGGUUUUCACUGUAUUCCUCUGGAUACACAUAUAGAGUUGUUUUAUAUAAAUAUAUUGUCUUGCCUCACUUUGGGCUAGGAUGACAGAUGCCCAUCUUACAGUUAAGUGUCAUUUCUUUUGGAUUUCUACCUUCAGCCAUAGCUUGGUCGCUGAGAGAGAUGCACAAGUCAGUAAGGCAAGAACAGAGACACACAGUUGUUUAAAUGCCAUGUGCCAUGGUCCUUCCACCCUUUUUUUCUUUCACCCUCUCUUCAAAUUGCAGAUGCCAAAAAUAUAUAUAUAUGCCAACAGACACUACAUUACCCCAGUGGCUGCUACCCAGAACCUUCUUCUUAGGUUGUUUUUAGUUUCUCCCCCUCUUGGUUCAGGUUUUUCCUUUUUUCCCCUUAGUGUUUGGGCCAUAAUUUAUUAUGGAUGUGUGUGUGUGUGUGUGUGGCCAAAGCUGGCUUUUUGUAAAAGAUAAAAGCCAGUAUCUUAAAUUGGAAGAGAGUAAGACUGUGAAUCCUAAAGUAAUUGGCUGAGAACGACCCUGAAACACCAAACAGUCGGUAACUGUAAAUUUGAUUGGCAUGGUCCAUUCUUUUUUUUGCCCUGAGAUCACAUUGUUUAGUGUCCAUUCCAUGUCGAGUGUCCAAAUUGGCAAUGUAACAAAGUGUCUUUGUGAUAGAACAUGAAAUCUGUUUCUAUCUCUUCACUUAAAGAACAGAAAGAGUAAAACUGGCUCUAAGGUCAAGUAGGUCUGCCAAGAACAUUGGUUGAGUAUUCUGACACCUCUAAUUUUCAAAAUCUGAAGUUCCUACUGGUUUACCACCUUUGGGAUCUUUUUAAACUGGUCACUGGUUAAGUUGAACCUAAGGAAGACUUGGAGACUUAAGAGUAACCUGUCAGUGUUCUGUAGAACAUGUAUUUAUGUAACUGAACCUACUAGGAGAGAUAUUUGGAGUUCUUUAAUGCAAUUUUUCAACAAAUGCAAAAACAACAACAACAAAAAAAAAACCCAGCACAUGUAUUGAUGAGCUUGAGUUGAAAUACGAUUUAAGAAAAUAAAACAAGAUUGUUUUAAACCUGCUGGGGAGUAGGAAUUAGGCCACACCACUGGUCUUACUUUAAGUAUCCUACUAAUUGGCCCAAGUCUAAAUUUCCCUCUCAAUCACCCUUUGGGAACAAAAGGGAAGAGAGAAAAUGAAUGGGUUACUAGAGGAGUCCAAGAGUUCCUAAGUAGUGAUGGAAUGUUCUCCUUCUCUACUUUCCCAGCCACAAACAGCAGAGGUUACUUUUUCACUUUGCUCAGAAAGCACCUGCAAUUGAAGAACCAGACCGCCUGUAGGUAAUAGUGCAAUUCGGAAUGCUCUAACCAUUGUACGUACGUCUCUGUUCAUACUGCAGCAUCCGGCUUUGUCAUCAUUACUGUUUUGGCAGAUUGAAUGUGCUGUAUUGAUAUGUAUCUAUGUAUUUGUAUGUCUUAUAGCUAAUUCACAUUUUGAAUAAUGUUAUUUUAUUUACUUUUUUAAGAGAGGAGAAUGUAAAUUUGUCAGUUUAUUUCUGACUAGGGAUAGUUUUUUUUUCCAUUUAGAAAAGAAAAAAAAAAUCUUACUAUCGUACAGAGCGGUACUAGCAUCGUGCUGUAUAAAAUCAUUUGCACAUUCCUGAGUAGAGGUAUACUGAUAAGACCCAAAGGUAAUUUCAUAGCAAAAUACAUAAAAUCAGUUGGAGCUUUUAUACCAACAUGGAAACCAACUUUGUAGAACUUUUGCCAUUUGACCUAGGAUUGGAAUAUGAGCUUUUAUACAAUUCAUAUUCUUAUUUGGCAAAUGCACCGUUUAGUAUUACCUCUCUGAUGGCCUUUAUUAGAAAGGCAGUUUUAGAAGCUAUUGUGAUCCACUAAGGAAAUGUUUUAACAGCUAGAGACCACUGCUUGCCUGAAAGGGCAAUCUUAAAUUUGGUGCAGGAAAAAAAAAAAAAGAAAAAGAAAAAAAAAGAAAAAAAAGAAAAAGUAAAAAAAAAAAAACCAAAAAAAAGAAAAAAGAGAAGAAAAAAGUCAACAAUAACAUUUGAAGGCCUACAGUGUGUAUAGAGAAAAACCUCAUCACAAGAUCAUAAGUGUUACAGUUUUAGGGACUCAAGAUAUUCUAUUUAAUAGAGCUAUAGUAGAUGUAGUUGAUUAAACAUGAUCUCAAAGCUCGAAGAAGUUGAGCAAACAGGGAAAGAUUGUUCUCUUUGUCUUUAUGAAAUUGGGAUGGAAUUGCUAUGCAGCAUUGAAGUUUGUGGCUUCACUGUUUGCCGUAGGGUGCAUGACAAGAUCCCUUUCUGUUGAGAAAGGAAGAAAUUGAUCACCCUAGCUGCAGUGACGCAUGGAAACCCAAUUGUAUCCACACUAGUCAAUCGAAGCUAAACGAUUUUCUCUUCUGUUUCUUUGUUUGGGGUUUUAUUGAAGGGGCUAGGGGCGGGAAGGGGUUCUUUUCGGUUUUGUAUAAAAACAGAGUUUACUCAUGCUUUCUAUUAUAUUGUGAUUGCAAGCGUUAGAAGAGUGUGCCACUGGAUUCCGGCCGUUGAUGCUCCAAGUAAUGGAGCCCAGGGCGAGUUUUUGGUGACUUGGGCAUGUCUUAUCCAAAAAGAAAAACACAAACGAAAACCUUUCUUCAGCGUACCAAGGCAAGCAGCCAUUUCAUGACUCACUUCACACAGUGCAGUGGACCAGUUUACAGAUAAUUUUCCCUCUUUUGCGUGACAUGGCCGUUCCAAGCCCACAGAGAAUGCCUCAUUUGUAAAUUGGAGGUCUGUACUAUGCCUUACAGAGCUUAAAUUCAGAAGUUUGUGCCUCACAUCUGAAACAAAGGGAAAUAACAUACCUAUUCAAAAGUCAAAUCCCUUCGAAGUUUUGGGGUUUUUGUUUUUGUUUUGUUUUUAAAAGAAAACAUUUUCAUAUAAAGAGCUCUGUUGAAUGUCAUAAAUAGACUGGGAAAAAAAUCUUAGGAACCUGCAUAUGUUGUUUACUAGCAUAUGACACCUACAAAAGGUAUUCGAAGAACACCUGAAACUUGUAUUUUGUAUGUGUGUGUGUGUGUGUGUGUGGAUUAACUAGCAAGCCUACUAUUAAAAAAAAAAGGUAAUUCAGCUAAAGGACAAUUUACUUUUUGUACUUUAGACUAUCUUGACUGUCAAGGUGUAUGAACUGUAAUUUUAAAAUUUAUACUGCCACAUGAUUGUAAAUUUUAGUUGUCUUAAGUUAGGAAUUGGUAACAAGCUAUUUAUGCUGGAUUUGGGUCAAAUGACUUAUUUGCAAAAAAAAAUAAUAAUAAUAAUGGGAAGAAAGGGCUGUAUAACGAGAUACUGCAAGACUCAGAUACUGGUUGGAAAUAACCUUCAAAAUUACCUUCAAUUUCCCUUUGUUUUCAGUUUCUCAAAAAAAAAAAAAAAACCACGAAUGAAAUGAAAUAUGGAAGAAUGUUAACCCAUAUCAAAAUAAAGUGUACCCAAGUAUUGUAAUGUAUAUUGCUGCUCUUCUUAAAAUUAAAUAAGGGUUUAAAACCACUUAAUUGGUAAUUGACAGCAUCUCAGUUGAUACAAACCAAGGUGUGCUUGGUAUACAUUACUAUUUUUCUUCCAAAGCUCUGUCUUUGGUUAGAAACACACACAAAAAGUAAAACUUGUAAUCGUGUAUGUUUAUCUCUGUCCACAUAUUUCCAGCAUAUGUAGCAUUAACAGGUCUGUCCUGGUAACUAUGUGUUUGGGAUUUCAUUUUGGUUCCACCAAAUUAGGAAAAGAAAUGGCGUAGUUGUGUAGGACUAGUUAGAGAUUUUCGGAACCAGACACCUGCUGUUUAGUAGGAACCUAGUACAGAGUCUAAACUUGUCAUUUGUUUUUCCUCACAGAGUAACCACCCAUUCAUUGCUGUCUUCCCAAUUUCCAAUGACAUAUAUAUAUAUGUACAUCCCAAAUGUUUCAUGGGAUAUAUUUUUUUUAUUAUUUAAAUUCAGUUAGCCAACGUAUAGUACAUCAUUAGUUUCAGCUGUAGUGUUCGGUGAUUUAUCAGUUGCGUGUUAACACCCAGUGCUCAUCACAUCAAUAAUACUCUUGCCUCUAGAAUCAUCUGUUCAAAGUAUGCAUACACACCUAGCACAUAGUAGGUGCUCAGAUAUUAAUUUCUUUCUUACCUCCCUAUUGAUCAUGUAUCUUCCAUUCCCCUGUAUGAUUCCAACCCAAUAGUAAAUGACAUUUACAUGUUAUGAAAACAUUGGAUUUGGGCCAAAUUGGAUCUUACUUGGAUAAAGCAGUUCUGACUUUCGUAUAAGCUUUGGUAGAUAGAUCGAAAAAACA